ACACGCCCACUAACAUACCGCGUGUUAUUGUUUGCAUUCGGGUGUUUGUCAUCUUUAGCUAGCUAGCUAGCUUAAUUACAUUAAAUAUGAACGUUAUCUAGUCACACCAACGUUAGAAUAUGUCAUAAACUGCAUGCAACAAACAGUUUCGACUGUGGAAAGAAGAGCAUUGCCAUGCCAAUCUAGCUAGCUAGCUAGCUAACUGACUAGCUCACUUUAGUGAUUAAAACGUACUGUACGGUCUAUGAAAAUGACGACCACCAACAUGAUGGACUUGUUUGAGGAAGGGAAAGUUCUGAAAAUCUGUGCUCCUAUGGUCCGGUAUUCAAAGUUGGCAUUCAGGUCACUGGUGAGGAAAUUUGACUGUGACAUUUGCUUCACUCCAAUGAUAGUUGCUCCUGACUUUAUGCGUUCUGUCAAAGCCAGAGACAGUGAAUUUACAACUAAUGAAGCUGACCGUCCUCUGAUCGUGCAGUUUGCUGCUAGUGAUGCCCAGACCCUGGCUGAUGCAGCCUGUGUGGUCGCACCCUUCUCUGAUGGAGUGGACCUCAACUGUGGCUGUCCCCAGCGGUGGGCCAUGUCAGAUGGCUACGGGGCAUGCCUUAUCAACAAACCUGAGCUGGUCAAAGACAUGGUUCGACAUGUCAGGAACCAAGUGGACAAUCCUAACUACACAGCCUCCAUCAAAAUACGAAUUCACAAGGACCUGCGACGUACGGUGGACCUGUGUCAGAAGGCAGAGGCGGCAGGGGUGUCCUGGAUAACGGUCCAUGGUCGAACCGCAGAGGAGCGCCACCAGCCGGUCCACUUUGACGCCAUCAAGACCAUCAAGGACAGCCUGUCAGUCCCUGUCGUCGCCAACGGAGACAUAAAGACCCUCCGAGAUGUGGAGACCACUCACCAGCUCACUGGAGUUGAUGACUAUUUUUUAGAGAUGACUUUGCAAUGGACUGCAGUUGCCCUCUUCCUCUAUGUGGAAAUAGGUGUACUCCUUAUCCUCUGUCUACCCUUCAUCUCAGCCACCAGAUGGCAGUGUAUCUUCCAGCUGAGAAUAUGGAACAAAAUGGCCAGGUUUUGGAAUAAAUUCUUCCUCGCCAUGAUCAUAAUCCUUAUAGUCCUCUUCCUUGAUGCUUUGCGUGAGGUGAGGAAGUAUUCGGGCAUGGGAAACGGCAAGGAUGCUAAUCUGAAUCCCAACAUGUUUGACCACCUCCACAUGAAGCUGUUCAGAGCCCAGAGGAACCUCUACAUCUCUGGCUUUACCCUCUUCCUCUGGCUAGUUCUGAGGCGGGUGAUCACUCUGAUCAACCAGCUGGCGACGGAGUCUGGCACCACGGCCUCUCUGCAGAUCAAGGCAGAGUGUGCCAACCAAACUGCCAAGAAAUACAUGGAGGACAAUGAGCUACUGAAACAGACUCUGAUGUAUGGGAAGGGGGACAAGGUCACAGCGGAGGGAAACGAGCUACUGAGGUCAGAGAUGGAGAAACUGAGAGGAGAACUGAAAGGCUCAGAGGAAGCCUUGGAAAAGUCCCAAUCCGAGAUGGAAGCUAUGAAGAAACAAUCCGAUGGACUGACCAAAGAAUACGACCGACUGCUGAAAGAACACCAGGAUCUUCAAGAGAGUGGAGAUAAAAAGGAUGAUUGAUCGGGCUUAUGACUACAACCGUCAGAAUGUUUACAGAUCGAACCAAGAAACCAGAAAUACUGUCAGGCACGCUGUCACUUUCCUUUGACAUACUGAAGCACUGUGCAUGAUGUCACCAAAAUACUCCUCCAUGGCCUCACUGAGCCGCCAAACCUCAGAUAGAAAGCACCUGAGCACGUUUGUAAUAGAAUAGCUACUAGACCAGCCUAGAAAUAGUGUUUCUAUAAUUCGCUGACUUUUGGAGAACGGAUGGCAGUACAAGCUUCCGAUUACAGUGGUCGUCUACUGUGAAUAUAUUUUUGAUGUAAUGGGCUUGCUAUGUAGUUUUUUCCCCCUGUAUAUCGCAAGAGCACCACCAUUGCAUUCAUCCUUCUUUUAUUUAUUUUUACCUUAGCAGCAAUGCAUAUUACAGAUUGAGUUGUAUGUGUUUUGUAAAACAAAAUUAGCAUUGAGUUCAUAGGGGUAGAGAAGCUAUAUUGAGUCGUUUUUGUUGUUGAAUAUUUGAUAUCAAUGUUCUUCAUUCCUCUUAGAUGUGGAGGGUUUGUGAAUAUUACAGGGUCACGGUCAUGAUUUUCUGUUUUGUAAUAAGGAUAGUGAAAUGGAAAAGUCUGGGGAAAUUCAUCUUUCCUCUUCUCACCCUGACUCCCUGUAUUGACUGUCGUAGCCCAGGGUUUGGGUUGGGUAGACUGGGUCAGCACUUGAAGUGGGAUUGAUAAGUGACCAACAAAUCUUCCUCUAGCCUCCAUCCCCUAUCUCUUAUAGGGCCCCAGUACUGUACUGUACAUCCUCCAGUACUGUACUGUACAUCCCCCAGUACUGUACAUUACAUUCCAAAACUAGCGAACAGUAGCAUCGCUGACAGAAUAAGUGCCUUUCAGAUGAUUGUAGAUAUAUUUUCAAGUACAAAAAUCUGGUUGGAGUAAGAAAGUUGUUUUCAAUAUUUCAGUAUGGCUCAUUAUUAAAGUUGUUUUUGCGGCUAAAUCUGUUAUUUUUUACUUUGGAAAAAUUGUCUCCACAUACCAACAUGUUAUCCCAUAUUAAAAAUGUUUUAUUAUUGUA